CCGACCGACCGCCCUAACGUCGAGAGUGCGCGACCGAUCCGAUACGUGUCAUAGACAAGAGCGCUACCACGAACGCCUUCCAUCCUCGACCUAUCAUCCUGCUCCCUGCCUCGCGCCUUGCUCGGCCUUGGUAGAGACUGCGGCUGAUGAAGGCAUCCUCCAUCAUUGACACCCAACUGCGACUCCCCUGAGCAUCUCGCAUUCAUCCCAUCAGCAUCCAACCAAUACCCUUGCCACCCGCAAUCCGCUCUUCUUCGCAAUGAACAUCAAAGCUGCCCUUGGCGCAUCGUCCUCUCGACGCGCUUCUCCUGAACGCAACGCCUCUAAUGAUGACGCUGCUCUACAUGGUAAAGCGCCUGCGCCUCGUCGUGCCGGCAGCUUUGGCAAAGGAUUGGGCAAUGCCCUUGCCAACAGCAUGACUCGGGCAUCCGAAGCCGUUGGCGGCACCAAAAAGAGCUCGUCGUCAGCUGCCCCUACGCCCACACCGGGAACCCCGAGCAGCACUCCCUUUGCUGGUAACAAGGAAUUCCCUUUCCCAGCUCCGGCAGCUCCUGGCACUCCUGCUGGCGGCGCUACAGCUGUCGGGCCGGACCCGCAGCACCUGUCCAACUUCUCGCUGCGCCUUUCGGAGCUCGUCAACCAGGCUCUGAUUCCUACCGUGCCAGGGGCUAUGCAUACAGGCGGCGGAUCUGGCGGCAUGGCUAGCGUCACCAAGCAUGCGCCAGGACGAGCUAGUGUGCCCAACUUGACGCAGAUCGCUUACGAGGGCAAACGAUUGCCUAAUCGUGCCAAGAUCGUCGAGUUCGCCCAACUCGUCGUUUCUGAGCUGCGGUACGCCAAUGGCGUCGACCCUUAUCUGCUACGUGCCGUGUCUCGCGCAGCGCUCAAGGCCCUCACGCUCUUUGCCAACCGCAUCGACUCUCUCCUCGUCCCCAUUGCCAAAGACCCAUCCUCUCUUAUCAUGCCGACUACGGUCAAGGAAGGGGUGCACAUCUCAGCCGCCCUCGAGUUCAAUCUUGGCCUAGCCACGAUCACGUGGAUCGUAGAAGAUUCGCUAGAGAGGUGCAUUGAAGGAGAUGACCGCGAUGAAGAUCCAGGCAUGCCGACCUUUGUAUCCGAGAUCCUCACGCCAGUCCGCAAGAGGAUGGAGACGACGAUACUUCAUGUUAUUCAGCCCGUUCUUGCCGGCACGAAAGCUUCCCUGACUGGCUCCAUUCUCAAGGCGGUACGACAGCCUUUCCUCUCUGGCGGUUCUCCCGCUCUCACGCCUAGUGCCAGUCACGAUGGUUCCCUGCCCCCCCUAUCGCCAGCCAAUGGGCCGGGCAGCGCGCUUGCCUCGCCCAAGGAGGGAGUUGCAUCUGGCACGACCAAUUGGAUCAAGGAGCUACAGGGUCGCUUGGAUGGUAGCCGAAAGCUCUUGGUCCCACGUAUCGAGGCGCGGACGAGUCAGGACGGUGAAGGAUGGUUCAUUUCCGUCGUCGUUCACCUCAUCUGGAAAGGCCUGUUUGUCCUCUCUUCUCGCUCCGUUGAGCCAGCUGUGGUGACAUCAGGGAUCUCUGUCCCUCCUACGGGCAAGCAAUCCGGCGGCGUAGCAAGCUUCCUGGCGCCGAGCAGCCGUGAAGCUAUCGCAGACGCCAACAAGCGCAGCCCAUCGCCAGGUCAGCUCUCGGCUGCACUCAAGAGUGUCGCAAGCGUAGGCAGUCAUCGAGGACGAGUCGGCACACCAGGCGGCACCAAUUCGACGGCCGCUUCGGGCCGAGCGACUCCGGCAGCAGCACCGGACGGUACCCUGUCUCCGCCCACCGCCACCGCUUCACACCACCACCACCACCACCACAAGUCCUUCUUCAGCCCCAGUGCGAAAGCCUCCACCGGCCAGCUCUCCGACCUCCAAUCGUUCCAGAAGAUGUGCCUUCGUUUCUGCCGCGGCUUUGUUUCGGACAAGGCCCUCGCAGCGGUUGCCGCCGAGCUCAGCCGGGCGGACAUUGCUGCUGAGGAGCAGCAAGAGGAGGAGCCGCAGGAGAUUGAAGACGAGCCGGACGAGUUGGCGAGGCAGGCAUUGGCCGAGGCUCUCGAGGCAAUCAACAGUACGAUCCUUGUUGUGCAGGCUAUGGAUAGCAACGCUGCUGCGGUCAAGCUCGCCCUCGACGGGUUCGGUGGACCUCACAAGACCAUCUCUGGCGGCAGCAGCAACGGCGGUGUCGAUGCGCGCCCGGCUUCCGCUGUACCGCACGGCAUUCAACCGCUCGAGUCCACCCAGCUCCGCGCACUCAAGGCCAUCCCUCCCCUCCUCCUCCUGCACAUCGUCUACUGUCGUCUUCCUCCAGCGUUGAAGAUGGCCUCGACUAGCCAUGAAGGCGAGACGUACCUCUCUCACCCACCAGCUCUGUUCGGAAUUUCCUGGCAAGAAUAUGAGCGAAGCAUCGCUGGAUUCGUGGGCGGGACGAGCUGGGCGCAGGCCGCUAUACCUAGGUGGCAGAAGGAGGUAGAGGCUCUGUGGGCGGAGUAUUCGGUGAAAAGGAGCGAGCUACUGGCUAACAAGCAGGCAAGGAGAGCUGUCAACAUGGACUCGACGCAUGAGCCAGCAAGGCACGGCGCUCCUGCGAAGGGCAUCGACGAAUUCGGUACCACGCCGACGCCUGCUAGGCUGGCUGCGGCGGCAGCAGCAGCAGCAGAACAACGUCACUCCAACGAGUUCGAUUGCGCAGACGGGGCGUUGUCGCGCAAUAUCACUCGUAGCGACGAUGGACAAAGCAGCAGUGCCAGUCUCGAUGGUUGCGCCGCUAGCUGGCGCGGUGCUGGCAGUGGCAGUAGCGCAGCAAGCAGCAGACAAAGCAGUCGUGUCCACUCCCCGGCCCAGAGCCCGACGAUGGGCGCUGCAUCUGAUCUCGAAGAGGACAUGGAGGGCAGCGUCGGAGCUCUGAGCUUAGGAACAGCAUCGCAGUCAGCUACGGCGUCUAGGUCUGCAGCACGCCCUCCUGUAUCGAAGCGCUUCUGGAAGAGCAGCGAUAGGAAUGGCAGCGCAUCUACGGCGUUGGCCGCUGGAGCUGCAGCUAACGGCAGCGGUGCACGAGGCUUCCACCUUCCCUCUCUCACACGCCCCACCUUUGGCAGCCGCACCUCAUCCCCCGCAGGGUCAGUCCGAGGACGUGGGACAAGCAACACCUCGCGCUCACGCUCGGUCAAGCAAGACAAUGCCCCCACCGAUUCGGCUGCGGUCGCCAAUUCUUCCUUUGACCCUGCUCUUGCGGCUCAACAGACUGCGGACGAUUCCGAUCUUGCCGAAGUGGCAAAAUGCCAAGAGGCCGUGGCCUUCUUUGCAAAGACGCUCGAGUGGGCCGCGUGGAGCGCUGGAAUGGAGGGCGUGAGGUGCCAGCUGGGCGCGGUUGAUCAGGAACACAAGUGACUAGCCAGCCAAAGAAUGAGGAAGCCAGGCAACGCAAAAAUGCUUGUCCGCUGGCCUCCUUUGCCAUCUCUGCCUCAAUCCUGUGCUACAUCUUUGCGGGACCUCAGACGUUUGACACUUGUCGCUUCCCUUUUUUUUCUGUCCUUUCCAGUCUGGCCUUACAGUGUUGGGCUCAGUUUUGCACGAAUCAGCAUAGAAUUCCCAACAGCGCAUCGUCUCCUUUUUCGCUCUUCGUCCUUCGCCGUUUGUACAUUUCAUCGUAUGCGAUCGCUUACCCUUGCAGGGUACUGUAAGCCUGUACAGCUGAUACGAUUCAGUACCAGGAGGUGGUCAUCCUUCCCCUGUGCGGCGUCGCGCACAGCAUCAGGACGAGUGCACGGAUUGCCUCGAGACCAACCAGUCGUCGCGCGACAGCUGCCCAAAGUGUCGCGUCGAUGUUUGCCGCCGUUCUUAA